UACUCAGAGUGUGAACUCUCCCAGCGAAGAGAAUAAAAAGCAUACACACCAACACAGGCACAAGCGAGUCAGGCAAGAAAAUAGCAGCGCGAUGGCUUCAUCUCAAGGGAAAAACGAGCUCAGAUUUGCAGACUGGAUGGCAAGUUUGCCGGAGAGUAUCCAGAGCACGCCUCUUACAAACCUAGCAAUCCCCGGCUCCCAUGAUUCCUUUAGCUUCUACAUAGAUGAAGCGUCUCCAGUUGGACCGGAGCAGCCAGAAACUGUCCAGAACUUUGUCUCAGUCUUCGGAACAGUGGCCAAAAAGUUGAUGAGGAAGUGGUUGGCCACUCAGACCAUGAACUUCUCCCACCAGCUGGAAGCUGGGAUUCGAUUUUUCGACCUGCGCAUCUCAACCAAACCCAGAGACCCCGACAACGAGCUCUACUUUGCUCACGGCUUGUUCAGUGCCAGGGUCAACGAAGGUCUGGAGCAGAUCAACACCUUUUUGGCCUCCCAUUCCAGAGAAGUGGUCUUCUUGGAUUUCAACCACUUCUACGGCAUGCAGAACUCCCACCAUGAGAAACUGGUCCACAUGCUCCAGGAUAUCUUCGGGAACAAGCUUUGCCCGGCCAUCUUCGCCCAGGAGGUGAGCCUCAAGUACCUGUGGGAAAAAGAGUACCAGGUCCUGGUAUUCUAUCACAACCCUGCCGCUUUGGAGGUGCCUUUCCUUUGGCCUGGCCAGAUGAUGCCAUCUCCAUGGGCCAACACCACCGACCCAGACAAGCUGAUCCAGUUCCUGCAGUCCGCUAUCACAGAGAGGCGUAGGAAAGGGACCUUCUUUGUGUCGCAGGUGGUGCUCACUCCUAAAGCCAGCACAGUCAUGAAGGGGGUGGCCAGUGGCCUGAGGGAGACUAUUACUGAAAGGGCUCUUCCAGGAAUGAUGCAGUGGGUGCGUACACAGAAGCCUGGAGAAAGUGGAAUCAACAUCAUCACAGCAGACUUCGUGGAGCUGGGGGAUUUUAUCAGUGCAGUCAUUAUGCUGAACCGCCUGCUCGAAGAAGGAGGAGAAAAUGCAACUUGAUUUAGGGCCUGAACUGCCUGAUGAGGGGAGAUUUUACUUGUAUUCUGUGGAGCAUUCUGGAGCGUUCAGAGUUUCUGGAAUCUUUAGGGC